UUUUAACAAAUACCAAAAAAACAAGUUUCCUCUGCUGAAAUAUCUGUAUAUCAAUCUUCCUGUUUAUGUUCGACUAUCCGAAAAAUGGGAAACUGCCUUUCAAUCUCGGAUCCAUCUCUUGAAGAUGUAUCAAAGAAGCUUCUCAAAGCACUUCCCGUCGAGACUGCCUUCAAGUUUCCCUCACCAUUGCCUACUUUUACUCAAGGUUUGUAUUAUCAUCGGUUCUUACUGAUCUCUCUCUCAAUUAGUUUGAUGAUCUUGAUUUCACUUGCAUCAUCAUCAGGUGAUGGUUUUGCGAAACGAACAAUUGGCUUGGGUGGUGGUCUCGAAGUUAGUCAAGUUUCGACAUUCAACAAAGUUUGGUCCACUUAUGAAGGUGGACCAGACAAUCUCGGAGCUACAUUCUUUGAACCAUCCUCAAUCCCUUCCGGUUUCUCCAUCCUCGGCUACUACGCUCAACCAAACAACCGUAAACUUUUCGGUUGGGUACUCACAGCUAGAGAUCUCUCAAGCAACACCUUGAAACCGCCAGUAGAUUACACCCUCGUAGGAAACACCGAGUCAUUCAAAAUCAAACAAGACGGAACUGGAUAUUUCUGGCAGCCCGUUCCUCCUGAUGGAUAUCAAGCCGUUGGUCUAAUAGUCACAAACUCCUCACAAAAGCCACCUCUAGACAAACUACGCUGCAUCCGAUCCGAUAUAACCGAACAAUGUGAAGCUGAUACAUGGAUAUGGGGAACAAACGGAGUCAACAUCUCAAAUCUAAGACCAACCACAAGAGGAACACAAGCUACAGGUGUCUCUGUAGGUACAUUCACUUGCCAAACCCAAAAUUCUUCUCUUCCUCCUCCAGCUUUAUCUUGCUUGAAGAACACAAAAUUCGACUUCUCUACAAUGCCAAAUGGGUCCCAAAUCGAAGAAUUGUUCCAAACUUAUUCUCCAUGGAUCUAUUUCCAUCCAGACGAAGAAUAUCUACCUUCCUCUGUCAAUUGGUACUUCAACAACGGAGCAUUACUAUACAAGAAAGGCGAAGAAUCGAAACCAAUCCCUAUCGAAUCAAACGGUUCUAAUCUUCCACAAGGAGGAUCAAACGAUGGAUCAUACUGGCUAGAUCUUCCUAUAGACAAAAAUGGUAAAGAGAGAGUCAAAAAAGGAGACUUACAAAGCACAAAAGUGUAUCUUCAUAUCAAACCAAUGCUUGGAGCAACAUUCACAGACAUAUCAAUCUGGAUCUUUUACCCUUUCAAUGGUCCAGCAAAAGCCAAAGUCAAAUUCGUGAAUCUACCACUGGGGAGAAUCGGAGAACACAUUGGAGAUUGGGAACACACGACGCUACGGAUCAGUAAUUUCACCGGAGAGCUAUGGAGAGUGUUCUUAUCGCAGCAUAGUGGUGGAGUUUGGGUCGAUGCUUGUGAUUUGGAGUUCCAAGGAGGAGGAAGUAAUAAGUUUGUGGCGUACGCUUCGCUUCAUGGACACGCGAUGUAUCCGAAACCUGGAUUGGUGUUGCAAGGAGACGAUGGGAUUGGGAUUAGGAAUGAUACGGCGAAGGGUAAAAAGGUAAUUGAUACGGGGUUAGGCUAUGAAGUGAUUGCGGCGGAGUAUGACGGCGGAGGAGUGGUGGAGCCGCCGUGGGUUAAUUAUUUCAGGAAGUGGGGACCGAAGAUUGAUUAUAAUGUUGAUGAUGAAGUUAAGAGUGUUGAGAGGAUAUUGCCUGGGCUUUUGAAAAAGGCCUUUGUUAAAUUUGUGAAGAAAAUUCCUGAUGAAGUUUAUGGUGAAGAUGGGCCUACUGGGCCUAAACUCAAGAGUAAUUGGGCUGGUGAUGAAAGUUGAUGAAUUUGUUUGUUUUUCUUUUAGAUUGUUUGGCUUGAUUCUUUGUUUAUAAAAUUCUCUUUUUAUG